CAUACGGUAUGCUAGUUCCAAGCAUAGGGGAAACGCCUGCGUAGAUGUAUAUAGAGAGAGAGAGAGAGAACAGGAGAGAAGAGAAGAAAUGAUGUGAGAAAGCCUCGAGCAGGCAAUCUAAUGGCUGCUCUUACUGGUUGUACUAGUAGUCCACUCCUGUUGUAUCAAGUGAAGUCUAGCUGUCUGUCUUGGCGCGGGGGCGAUCGAAUGGGGCUGCGCCCACGUUUGUUGGCUUUGCAUGACGACGGCACCGGUACAUGCACACGCUUGCGAGUCCAAAGGCAGCCUCCCAUCCCUCUUCCGCCAUUUACGUACUUCGUACAAUUUCACCAUUCCAACCAAAGCUGCAUGGGCAUGUUAUAGUGACUGUCCCACGUCUUUCCUUGACCACCGCUUCACCAAAGGCUCUGUGUAGCAGCCAUCAAUCUCCUCUGCGACAGCUCGCAC